AUGGCUGAGACUGUUGGAAAGACCAUUACUUGCAAGGCUGCCAUUGCCUGGGGUGCUGGCCAGCCCUUAUCCGUGGAAGACGUCGAGAUUCACCAUACCGGAGUCUGCCACACAGACGCAUACACCCUCUCUGGAAAGGACCCCGAAGGCGCUUUCCCUGUUAUCCUCGGCCACGAGGGCGCUGGAAUUGUCGAGUCGGUGGGUGACGGCGUGACGAAUGUGAAGCCCGGCGACUAUGUCGUUGCUCUCUACACCCCCGAAUGCAAAGAAUGCAAGUUCUGUAUCUCAGGCAAGACCAACCUGUGCGGCAAGAUCCGCGCGACGCAGGGCAAAGGCGUCAUGCCGGAUGGAACAUCGCGGUUCAAGGCCCGCGGCAAAGACAUCCUGCACUUUAUGGGCACGUCGACAUUCUCACAGUACACCGUCGUCGCAGACAUCUCGGUAGUCGCCGUGACCGACAAGGCCGGCACGGACAAAACCUGCCUGCUUGGCUGCGGAAUCACGACCGGCUAUGGCGCCGCAGUUGUCACAGCCAAGGUGGAAGAAGGCUCGAACGUGGCCGUGUUUGGCGCCGGCUGUGUCGGGCUCUCGGUCAUCCAAGGCGCGGUGAAGAACAAGGCUGGAAAGAUCAUCGUCGUCGACGUGAAUGAUAAGAAAGAGGAGUGGUCGAGGAAGUUCGGCGCCACGGACUUUGUCAACCCGACCAAAUUGAAUGGCCAGAGCGUGCAGGAGAAACUCAUCGAGAUGACGGAUGGUGGCUGCGACUAUACCUUUGACUGCACGGGCAAUGUUGGAGUGAUGCGUGCUGCGCUAGAGGCGUGCCAUAAGGGGUGGGGCCAGAGUAUUGUCAUUGGUGUUGCAGCUGCUGGCCAGGAGAUUUCGACACGUCCUUUCCAACUCGUCACCGGCCGCGUCUGGAAAGGAUGCGCCUUUGGUGGCAUCAAGGGCCGCUCACAACUCCCCGACCUCGUCGACGACUAUCUCACCGGCCAGCUCAAGGUCGACGAAUUCAUCACGCACCGUGAGCCUUUGGCCAACAUCAACGAGGCAUUUGAGCAGAUGAAGGCGGGUGACUGUAUCCGAUGCGUUGUUGACGCGAGGGCGUAA